GUCUCACAGACGCUGACGUGUUCACAUUUAUUCUUCGUAAAUUCGCCGCUCUCUCUCUCUCUCUCUCUCUCUCUCUCUCUCUCUCUAUUGAGUCUUCCAUUUUCAUUGUUUCUCUCUCUCUCUCUCUCAGAUUUUUGUUCAGAGAUAGGGUUUCUUUUCCUUUACUUCGAAACCAAAAGCUGAACUCCCUCUGGCUAACACUUUAGCAGCAAUAUCUUCAAUUGCAAAUUUUGAAAAUGCUUGUGAUUCCCUUCCUUGAUGGGGCUAAUACUGACGAUGAUGAUAGCAGGGAGAGCAAUGUUGAUGGAAAAUGUGAUUCAAAUCCAUGGAAAUGUAAAAUGGCCUGUUUCUGAGUCCCUUUGAUUUCCCCACCUGCUGUGCAAAUUUUAGUGCAUUUGAAUCAGAUGGGUUGGAAAGAUCUGUAUGUUUGUUAGAAGAAAACUAAUAUAGAAAUGGCUGUUGCUGGUCUUCACAAUGUGGCUGUGCUUGAAUCUACUUUCCUUGGGGAUUCCCAUUCUCAGUCAUCUGGGAGGCAAGGAGAUCGAGGGAGGGGAGGCACCCGGUCAUCUUCACUCUUGCAAAUGUGGCGAGAGAUUGAAGAUGAGCAUGUGGUGAGACGAGUUCAAGGAAGACCUGGAGAAGUGUUACCCCAACAAAGGAGUGAUGGGUUGGUUGCAGACCUCUCACAGGAAAAUUUGCCAGAUAGCCACCAAAGGGAAGGGCAUAUGAUAGAAGAUGCAGUUUUGGGUGAGAAUGAAUCUGAAGCGUGGUCACAGUCACAAAGUCAGAAUGAGUCCCAUGAUGAACCGGAGGAACUAAACAAUUCUAGCUUCGAAAACUCUUCUGAUUUAGGAGAAGUUGAAAGGGAAAGAGUGAGGCAAAUUUUCAGGGAAUGGAUGAAUAGUGGUUCUAGGGGUCAUGCAUCAAAUAUUUCCCGAGGAAAUAGUGGUUCAAGGGGAGAAUGGCUUGGGGAAACUGAGCAGGAAAGAGUGAGUAUCAUAAGGGAGUGGGUACAGAUGAGUAGCGAGCACAGAGGUGUUUCUUCUGGGGAAAAUAGAGAAGAACAGUCUUCUGAAAUUGGUACCCAAAUCGAAUGUGUUAGUGAUGGAUUUGUAGUUAAUCAGAAUGAGGGCCAAACUGAGCAUACACGGAGGGGGAUCCGUAAAUUAUGUGGCCGGCAGGUUCUGCUUGAUAUGCUUAAGAAGGCUGAGAUGGAAAGGCAAAGAGAAGUUAAGGAAUUGUUGGACCAUCAGGCAGUAUCUCAUUUUCCUCAUCGCAAUCGCAUUCAGGCCUUGCUUAGAGGCAGAUUCUUGAGAAAUGAUAGAUCGAUUGAUAAUAACAGGUCCAUGUCCAUUGCAGAAAGUGAAUUAGGCUUAUUGAGGCAAAAGCAGACUGUAUCAGGUCUAAGGGAAGGAUUCUUUUUUAGAAAGGACAAUUUGGGUUGCAGUCAAGUAACCACCAACCUGUCUGAUACCUCAUCUGACAGUGAUGUUGAUGUUAAUACAUCUGAACAAACUGGAGCUAGCUGUUCACAAAUGUUCCCAACUGAACCUUCUGAGCAAUCAGAGCCUAAUAACAGGGGAAGUGACAGACUUGGGAUAUCAGGCGGUCAAAAUUGUUCACAAGGAACUACUUGUGAGAAUUUAGAUUGUCAAGCCUCUACUGUUCUUGGAGAAACAAGUUAUUGGGAAUCGUCUUCCAGUAUCUGGGUUAAAAGAAGAGAUGGCACUGGACAAAAUGUUGAUAUGAUGCCAACCGUAGAUAUUGCUAAUGAUCCGACCCUACCAAGCUUGCAAAGUGAAGAUACAGAGCAUGACAAUAUUCAAGAACUAAGUGAGAUACAAACCCAGCAAUCUCAGCUGGGUGAUAUAACUGAUGACGAAAGCAACUUAUCAAAUCAUAACAAUCAUGGAGAGGGCAAUAUUGUUGAUGAUGUUGUUUUGAUUGAAACUGUUGCUCUGGAUGUGGAGCAACAGGAAGAUGUUAUUAUUGAAAAUGAUGGGAGUGAUUGGCAUCAAACUAACGUUGAAUGGAGAAAUAGCACCCAGGAUAAUGUGGAUGAUAAUCAGCUCAGUAGCACAUCAAAUGAAUGGCCCCAAAAUAUCUUGGGAAAUGAAGACAGAGAAAAUUCUCGUCCGCAAGAGCAAGAAGGCCCCGAAAUGUGGCAGGAAGAUGGUGGCUUUCAAGAGGCUGUGGAAAUUUGGUUGGGAGGACCUUCUGACCAUGAUGUAGCUCCAGUUGGUAGAAUUCAUGGAUUUUAUUUUCCAGAAGAUGACAAUGUGUACAGUGUUGAACUCAGGGAACUGCUGAGUAGGAGAAGUGUCUCAAACCUCCUUCACAGUAGUUUUCGGGAAAGCCUUGACCAAUUGAUACAAACAUAUGUUGAAAGGCAAGGUCAUGCUCACGUUGAAUGGGAGCUGCAAGAAACAACCCCAUCUUCUCCUUUGGCAGAACGAGACCUGGAACAGCAGAGUAGGGAUCGGAUUGUGGGUCCAGAGGAUGCUGUUAAUAGUUCACUUGACCUCCCCUUGCCACCAACACCUCCUCCUCAGCCUCUAUGGGAUCGACACUCACGUCAUGACAACUGGUCACGGAAUUACUUAAAUAAUCAGCGGCUAGGAAUUGAGUGGGAUAUUGUUAAUGACUUGAGAAUUGACAUGGUUAGGCUACAGCAAAGGAUGAAUAAUAUGCAGAGAAUGCUAGAGGCCUGUAUGGAUAUGCAGCUUGAGUUGCAGCGCUCAAUAAGACAGGAAGUUUCUGCAGCCCUCAAUCGCUCAACUGGUUCAUCAGGAAUGCAUGACCAUGAUUCACCAGAUGAUAAAUCUAAAUGGGAAUGUGUGAGAAAAGGACUUUGCUGUAUAUGCUGCGAAAGCAAGAUUGAUUCUUUGUUGUACAGAUGUGGGCACAUGUGCACAUGCUCAAAAUGUGCCAAUGAUUUGCUCCAAGGUAGAAGAAAGUGUCCAAUGUGUCAAGCACCAGUGGUGGAAGUGAUACGUGCUUAUUCUAUACAAUAAUUUUGACAUUAAAGGGUCGCAGUUAUUACAAAUUACAGGAUCCUAACAAGUUAUAUCUCCUGGACGUUUCCAGGUACUCUCUUCUUUUUUUUAAAUUUUCCUGUUUCUUGGGUGGGUUACUGUAUUUAUGUCGAGUGCACCAAUGGAACACCUGAUGACUUUGGGGCCAUGAUUCUGAAAUGAAUAAAAGUAUAUUUUGUUUGA